AUGGUAAAAGUGUUUGCAGUUCCUCUGGACCGAGCUUCUGCACCUUCCAGCCGCUGUCCCUCUGAAGCAGGUGUGGCUGGGCAAGUUGUGGAUCAUCUGAAUGGGAGCUACUCUGCUGUUUUCUCUUUGCUCUGGGAAGGGGACGCAGAGGUUGAGGUAACUUUGGUUCACCCUCGUGAAGCUGUCACAGUACUGAACAGGCUAAACAGACAACAGCCUGACAGGACUUACUUCAAGAGCCUCUACCGCUCAGGCUCACUCUCUGAAACCACCAUCUGUAACAUUUGCCUGCGGCCAACCCAACAGCUGCUGUGUAACUACACUGACCUCCGAACAGGCGAACCUUGGUUCUGUUACAAGCCAAAGAACCUGAGCUGUGAUACCAGGAUCAACCACUUCAGGUUAGCAUUCAAACUUAACCUGCCAGCCAAGGAGGAGAAGCUCUUUCAGAGUGGUGUUAACCUGAAAGUCUCCAUUCACGCUACAGGACCUUCUAACCUUGCUGUGUUGCCAGAGGAUGGUCAGCUGAAGGUGACGAGCAGCUCUGUGACAUCUCUACCAUCUGGUUAUUACUACCAGGGUGUGUGGCGAGCACUGGGAGGCACCACAGUAUCUCAAUUUAACACGUCUGCCAUCACGCAGUGUCUGAAAGGCAAAGCAGUUCACAUGUAUGGAGACUCCACAGUGAGGCAAUGGUUUGAAUUUCUCAACGCAGUUCUACCAGGUCUUAAGGAAUUUGACUUACACAGCCGGAGACAAGUUGGACCUUUUAUGUCCUUAGACUAUGAAAACAACAUCUUGAUGAGGUACCGCUGCCACGGUCCUCCUAUUCAUUGGCUCACUAUCCCAACCAGAGAGCUUCGUUACAUUGCUAAUGAGCUAGAUGAAUUGAACGCAGGCCCCAACAACGUCGUAGUCCUUAGCAUCUGGGCUCACCUCACCACUUUCCCCAUGGAGAUUUACAUCAGGAGGCUACAGAGCAUCCGUAGGGCGGUGGUGCAGCUGCUGGACACAAAUCCCGGAACGGUGGUCAUCAUCCGGACUGCAAACUCCAGAGCUUUGAGCCUUCAAGUUUCCCUAACCAACAGCGACUGGUAUUCACUGCAGUAUGAUAAGGUGCUCAAAGCCAUGUUCAAAGGACUGAAAGUUCAUCUGAUCGAUGCCUGGGAAAUGACCCUUGCCCACCACCUGCCGCACAACAUCCACCCACCACCUCCCAUUAUUAAGAAUAUGAUAAACUGUCUGUUGUCUUAUAUAUGUCCUCAAAAGCACAGUUAGAUUUAGUGUUUUGGAGGUGCAGAUUGUGUAUUUGGGCACUGUGACAGUGGGCGCUGUCACGUGAAACGGCCGCCUGCCCGUCCUGUUCAAAAGGGUUUUUGUUGUUGUUGUCGGCGUCGCUCGCAGCUCUCCGUCCCGCAGCCACUCACAGGGUGCCCCGUCUGUCUGCUCCGCUGCGCGCGGCUGUGCUCGUCUUCGCGCGGUCCUCUGGUCGCGGGUCCUGCUGCUGCUCUCGCUGGAUGGUGCGUGCGGGCAUUCACUUCCGGGUAUGGGUGCCGCGACGGGACAAACCAGACUAGAGGCACCGUGAUGGUUUUACGGGUUUUGUUCGGUUUAAUUUAAUUGAGGAAUUGAGGUGAGCUCAUCGGGAGGGGGGAAGAUAACAGGGUUGUUAAGCCGACUCAACGCAUGUGAUGAACGUUAAUCAUGCGAGGCAUUCAAUAAAUAAUUAAUGUUAAUGUUGUGUGAUUGUCAUGUUAAAGUAUGUUUAAUUGUAACCGAAAAUAAUGAAUCAGGUGACACCCCUGCAUGUUUUGGUUGGGCCCAUGGGGGCGGGGUUACAGGGUUAAAAGCAGGCUGGGUAGGCCUGAUGGGGGGUUGCUUUUUCUUUUUGGGGAUUGGAUGCUGGGACCUAAGGGAAGUAGGUGCAACAGAGUUGGGGAGCUAAGCGUCAUAUGGGUUUUGUUAUCGUUUGUCUAGAUGGAAUGCUCGUGAAUAUUCUGGACUAUUUUUCACCUUGUUUUUCACUGUUUUGCCCGGGCUAAAAUAAAAACUUUGCACUUCAGUGCUAUUGUGGUUGAGCCAUCAUUUUUUCGAACUAUUACCGG